AUGUCUUUGGUGAACAUAACCAAUAUAGUCAUAGAUGAUAAACCCUAGCCCUUCCAGAGCCCUAUAAUAAUCGACAUUUACUUUGAUGUCUUGGUAGACAUUGAAGAUGAAAUCGAAUGGAUGCUACUCUUUAUAGGUUCACCUAAAGAUGAGUCACAUGAUUAAAUACUUGAUUAGUUCUCAAUGGGCCCUCUUUAAGGGGGAGCAAAACAUUUUACUUUAGAAUGUAAUCCUCCUGAUUGGUAAAAAAUUCCCCAAAACGAAUUACUGGGUAUCACAGCCUUCAUUCUCACUUGUUCCUACAGAGAAAAGGAAUUCUUUAGAGCAGGUUACUAUGUUUACACUACUUACACCUCUCAAGAGAAUAUAGAGAACGAUCCCCCCGAAAUUAUUAUAGAAGAUAUUUCACGCUAAAUCUUCAAUAAUAAACCCCGUAUAACUCGAUUUGAAAUCGAUUGGAAAGGGACCAAUUAAAAUUAAAGUACUCCAGAACAUAUUGACAAUAAAGAAUUUAUGUUUUAAGAACAACAAGAAAAACAGUCAGCGGAUGUGACUGAAGUCGAUGAUCCAUAGCUUAUCUAGAAUGUGUUCGACUCUUGA